AUGAGUGAUCAGCAGGCUCGCGAGAGCUUCGCGUCCAUCCUCAGCUACUACCGCCACAAUCGCGAGUCGUUGGGAAAUGUCCCAGACUGGGUUGACAAGCCCCAGAGCGGAAAUAUUGUCAUUGGCCUUCUCAGAGAUAGUGCUCCAACCGACGAACAAGUCGAAAAGGCUAAGGAGGAACUAAGGGCUUUCAUGGCCAUAGAAGAAACCCAGGCAGCCCUAUCUGAAACGGAAAAGGCUAUCUUGACGGCAGCAGCUAAUUCUAGCCGUGCAAAACGACUGCAAAACAAGAAGGACAAAUAA